AUGCUUGUGCUCAGGAAGGCUUGCUGCGCGCUUUCGAGUGCUUUUCUUAGCCACGGGGGCUCGUGGAAACGAACAGGUUUUGCACCGUGCCGGUCCUUGGGAAAUUGUUGUUGUAAUCGAAGACGGGGUCACUGCUUUCCCAAGUUUUUGAGGCGAACAACAGGACGAAGCCUUUGUGCAAACAUGUCGAACGUACCUGCUUUUUCCAAAAUCAGAGUGCGAAAUCCGAUAGUCGAGCUUGAUGGAGACGAACAAGCGCGUGUCAUCUGGCACCUGAUCAAGAACAAACUCAUUCUUCCGUACCUCAAUCUGGACAUCGUUUAUUUCGACCUGGGUUUACCCGUUCGAGACGCUACGGACGACGGCGUUACCCUGGAAGCAGCACGAGCGGUACAACAGCAUCACGCAGCGGUUAAGGCUGCUACCAUAACACCAGACGAGGCACGUGUCGAGGAGUUUCAUCUCAAGCGCAUGUACCCGUCGCCGAACGGUACCUUGCGGAACGUCUUAAACGGUACUGUGUUUCGCGAACCGAUCCUGGUUGAGAAUAUUCCGCGCCUUGUGCCAGGCUGGAAGCAACCGAUCGUCAUCGCUCGCCACGGCUUCGGAGACCAGUACAAAGCACAGGACUUGCGGGUGCCGCCAGCAUGUCGCGUUGAGCUGCGAGUUUUGGAUGCCCAAGGCAUGGAGCUCGAGCGUCGCCAGGUGCACCAGUUCGCGUCGAGCACCGACGGCGGCGGCGUCGCUCUCGGCAUGUUCAAUACAGACGAAAGCAUUCGAAACUUCGCCCGCUCUUGCUUCGAGUUUGCGUUAAGGAGGAAGCUGCCAAUGUACUUGAGCACGAAAAAUACGAUUCUCAAAGUGUACGAUGGACGUUGGCGGGACAUUUUCCAGGAACUGUACGAAAGGGAUUAUCGGGAACGCUUCACUCGGGCCGCGCUCUGGUAUGAGCACCGCCUCAUUGACGAUAUGGUUGCUCAAGCGUUAAAGUCAUCGGGUGGGUUUUUAUGGGCUUGCAAGAAUUAUGAUGGAGAUGUGCAGUCUGACAUUAUAGCACAGGGCUACGGUUCGUUGGGACUCAUGAGCAGCGUCCUGCUUACGCCGGACGGCAAGACGCUGUUGGCGGAGGCGGCUCACGGCACAGUGACGCGACAUUUCCGACUCCAUCAGCAGGGAAAGGAAACGAGUACCAAUUCCGUUGCUAGUAUUGUGGCAUGGGCACGAGGCCUGGCCCAUCGGGCGACACUCGACGGAACCCCGGAUGUUGCACAUUUCGCUGAGGCGUUGGAGCGGUCCUGUAUCGAGACAAUCCUGGAUGGUAAGAUGACAAAGGACCUCUCGAUUGCAGUGUACGGGACGGAACAGGGCAGCAAACGGGAAAACUACCUCAAUACAGAGGAGUUUAUCGAUGCCGUCCAGCAGCGCCUCGACGUGCAUAUGCUGCAGGAGCAUGCCGCAGCACCCCAGCAGCGCAUCUAG